AUGGGUGUUGAUGUGGGUAUCGACAAGCUUGUGACCUCAACUAUUGGGAAAUCGACAAACAUUCUUUGGCAUGACUGUCCAAUAGGCCAGUUUGAGCAGCAGAAACUGCUAAAUCAGAAGGGUUGUGUUGUGUGGAUAACAGGGUUAAGUGGUUCAGGGAAAAGCACACCAGCAUGCGGCCUAAGUCGCGAGCUGCACUCCAGAGGUCAUCUGACCUACAUUCUAGACGGUGACAAUCUAAGGCAUGGGUUAAACCGAGACCUCCGUUUCGAAGCAAAGGACCGUGCUGAAAAUAUACGCAGAGUAGGAGAAGUAGCAAAGCUGUUUGCAGAUGCUGGUCUGAUCUGCAUUGCUAGCUUGGUAUCACCCUACAGAAGUGAACGCAGCGCUUGCCGUAAAUUACUGCACAAUUCUGCAUUCAUUGAGGUGUUUUUGAAUGUCCCACUUGAAGUUUGUGAAGCUAGGGAUCCAAAAGGCUUGUACAAGCUUGCCCGUGCAGGAAAAAUCAAAGGGUUUACUGGAAUUGAUGAUCCUUAUGAACCACCUUCUGACUGCGAGAUAGUGAUACAGUGCAAAGCUGGUGACUGCGCCACGCCUAAAUCGAUGGCUGAUCAAGUUGUGCCAUACCUCGAAGCAAACGAGUUCUUACAGGAUUAG